AUGGCACCCACAAACGGCAANAAGCGCACGACGAUGCGCGCCAAAGUCGCCGCAGCCUCGCGACCCGCAACCACGGCCCCCAACGUCACAACGUCCUCUUCAAAUACAAAAGCCGGCAAGCGCGCUUUAAAACACGACACGCUCAUCUCGCGCAUCGAAAAGUCGCANAAGAAGCCCUUGAAACGCCGUCGUCCGGGGAANAAAUUGAAUACCGCUUUGGACUCGCUGGCAGACGCUUUGCCAGAGCUAGAGGAGAACAGUGAUGAUGAGUGGGAAGGCAUUGAUGAGGAUGAGAAAACAGAUGGCAUGGAUGGUGCACUGGGUGAACUGAGCAAGAUGGUCAGAGUCAGAAAGGCAAAGCCGGCUGAUGGAAAGAUGAAGUUGAAGACGUUGAAAUCACGACCGGGUGCCCUGAAGAGAAAGCAAAAGAUGGAGGAGAGCGAGAAGGAAAGAUUCGGAAAGAAUCUGGCAAGCAUGAGCGUGCCUGCUCAAGCUGCCCCUGACGCCAGUGGUUCGUCCAGCAGAUGGGCUGCUCUUCGUGGCUUCAUUGGCCAGACGCUGGAACAGAAUCCUGGUUUCGCUAAGAAGGCUUGA